AUGAAGAACCCAAUGUAUGAAGCUGUAUCUUUGCUCCUGGAGAAGUUUUUCCUGCUUGCCAACUUCAAACUUCUCAGUAUAGGCUCCAGUGCAGAGGAAGAAGAAAGGAAAAAACAUGUCACUUAUGAUAUUACUUGCUUCAAGCCAGGUGACUUGCUGGAGGUGCCCCGCACCCUUUUUAUUCACUUUGGCAUCUAUCUGGGCGAGAACAUGGUGGCCCACCUUAUGCCAGACAUUUUGCCAGCUUUCACCAACGACCACAGGCAGAUCCAGAAGGUGGUGACCAAUAAGAGGCUUAUUUUGGGUGUCAUUGCUAAAACAGCCAGGAUCCGCGUAGACAGCGUGGAUGACUUUGCCUAUGGCGGCUGUAUCCUGGUGAACCACAUGGACGUGCACUUCAAGAAUAAGGUGCUGAGCGGUGAGGAGGUGGUCUGCAGAGCCAAGAAGCUGGUGGGUACGACAGACUACAGCUUGCUUUGGAACAACUGUGAACAUUUUGUGACCCACUGCCGAUAUGGCUCUGGGGUCAGCUUCCAGACGGACAAGUUCUGUGAAAUAGUGAAGAUGAUCAUUCGGGACCAGAGGAGUGUUCUGGCUUCAGUGCUGCUGGGACUCGCUUCUAUCUUUUACCUGGGUCUGGCACCUUCCACUACUCUCCCCACCAUCAUUAUUCCAUUCACUUUGUGGAUGGUUGGUUAAUUCCUCCCCC